AUGUUAGACGCUCUGAAGUUGAAAGUUUCGUGCCCUGCAGCAAUCGCAUCGAACUGCGACCGUAGCCUCGCCGGAAGCUUCACUUCUCGAAACCGCUCUUUGAUUCUCCGGCUACCGCAACGCCGCUUGGCAUCUCUCUCUCUUCUAUCCCACAGCGCCUCAUCUGAGCCGUCACUGUCCUCUCAAUUCACCUCCACCGUCGGAUCUGCCUCCCCUUCUUUUCACCUCUCCCACUGGAAUCUCACUCACCGUCACAUCCUGCUUCUCAAUGUCAUCGCUUGCGCUGCAGCAGUUUCUGCAACUUGGCUUUUUUGUUCCGCCAUCCCAACUCUACUGGCUUUCAAGCGAGCUGCUGAGUCACUAGAGAAGCUCAUGGAUGUUACACGGGAAGAGCUGCCUGAUACAAUGGCUACUGUCCGAUUAUCUGGCAUGGAGAUCAGUGACCUAACAAUGGAGCUCAGUGAUUUGGGCCAGGAGAUAACUCAAGGUGUUAGAAGCUCCACUCGGGCUGUCCACGUAGCUGAGGAGAGAUUGCGAAGUUGGACAAAAAUGUCUCCUUCAGAAUCCCUGCAGGCAAUGCCUACUCUAAAAGCCAGGACUCCAGAAGCAACCAUAGCUAAGACUGCGAGGGGAAUGAAGGAGGCAAUUGUUAAGGUCGCAGACAUCUGUUCUCCUCUGUGUUUUAUCAAAUUAUUCAGCAAAGUGCGAACUCAUCCUUGCUCUCCACUCUCCACCCUCACCAGCCACUAUUGCCUCCCAUCUUCUUUAUCUCAACCUUUAGGUCUCCUCUAUGCUUUGUUGAACGCCAAAGUGAAGUUGUCUCCUCUCUACUCUCUCACGUCGCAGCCAUUUGUUCUUCGUUUAAGGGCUGUUUCUGAUAUCCUUGUCACUGUUCACGACACCUCUGCCAGUGGGUGUUUUCUUGUUUGAAGCUGUUAUAAAUUUGGGUUUCGAUGUUAUAACGUUAUCAAUUUUUGUUUAUUUUAUAGUAUUAUUAUUGAUAUGACAGGCUGUUAAAUAAGAAACAAAGAGAAUAAAAGAAAAAGUAAGAAAUAUGUUUAAGUUUAAUUUCCUAUUUUUUGCAGGUUUUUCAGCCAUAUAUAAAUAAGAACACAUGCAAAUUUUGCAAUAAAAUGCAGCUAAAAAGAACAAGGACAAAUAAUACCUUACUACCCAAAUUAAAAUAAGCCCAA